CAAAUAUUCAUAUUUAUCAUAGAACAUGUCUUUAAAACAAGAGGAAGUUAUUCGUCCAAUUGCCAACUUUCCUCCUGCCAUUUGGGGAGAUCAGUUUCUCACUACUGACGAGCAAGUAGAGCAACCCGAGAUAGAAGAAAUGGUCAUUAAUUUGAAGGAACAAGUGCGGAAAGAUUUAGCCUCAGCGCUUGAUGUUCCUACACAGCAUACAAACUUGUUGAGGUUGAUUGAUGCAAUCCAACGCCUCGGCAUAGGCUAUUAUUUUGAAGAGGAGAUUGAGAAGCCCCUUCAGCAUAUUUAUGAUACAUAUGGUGAUGAAUGGAAUGGUGAUAGCUCUUCCCUUUGGUUUCGACUCAUGCGUCAACAUGGCUUUAAUGUUACAUGUGCUUUUUGCAAUAACUACAAAGACGAAAAUGGAGAUUUUAAGGAAUCCUUAGCCAAUGAUGUUCAAUGCAUGCUUGACUUGUAUGAGGCAACGUACUUAAGGGUGCAAGGUGAAGUUGUACUAGACGAUGCUUUUGUUUUUACAAGAUCUCGUCUUGGUGACAUAUCAAAGAAUACUCUCUACAGCAGCCCUAAUUUAUAUGCCCAGAUACAGGAGGCAAUAAAGCAACCCAUACGAAAAAGGAUGCCAAGACUAGAAGCCUUACACUAUAUUCCUUUCUAUGAACAACAAGAUUCGCAUAACGAGUCUUUACUUAAACUUGCCAAGUUAGGGUUCAACUUGCUUCAAUCGCUGCACAAAAAGGAGCUUAGCCAUGUUUCCAAGUGGUGGAAAGGUCUUGAUGUCCCAAACAAUCUGCCUUAUGCAAGAGACAGAGUUGUUGAAUGCUACUUUUGGGCAGUUUGUGUAUGCCAUGAGCCACAAUAUUCUAAUGCUAGAGUUUUCUUAGCAAAAGUGAUAUGCAUGCAAACUUUACUUGAUGACACGUAUGAUGCUUAUGGGAUUUACGAAGAGCUUGAGAUCUUCACCGAAGCAAUUCAAAGGUGGUCGAUUUCAUGCUUAGAUGUGCUCCCAGAAUACAUGAAACUGAUAUACCAAGUAAUAAUGGAUAUGUAUAAAGAAAUGGAAGAACUCAUUGGAAAGGAGGGAAAAGCACAUUACAUUAACUAUGCCAAAGAGUUUAUGAAAGCAUCUGUUAGCGCUUACAUGACAGAGGCGAAAUGGCUAAAUGAGGGGUACAUCCCAACUAAGGAAGAGCACAUGUCAAUUUCAACCAUGAAUAGCGGUUGUAGCCAGGAUGUUAUAACAUGUAUUAUCGGCAUGGGUGAUAUUGCGACACACAAGUCAAUCGAAUGGGCAAUCAAUAGACCUCUUCUUUUAAAAUCUAUAUCUGUAAUUGGUAGACUCAUGAAUGAUAUUGCUGGCCACAAGAAAGAGCAAGAAAGAAAUCAUGUAGCAUCUAGUCUUGAAGUUUACAUGAAGCAUGAUGAUGUUACGGUAGAGUAUGUCCAUGAAUUAUUAAGCAAGCAAAUCGAAGAUGCAUGGAAAGAUAUAACCAAAGAAUGCCUCGUGUGUAAAGAUGUUCCGUUGCCUCUAAGAACGCUUUUCAUAAACUACGCAAGGACAAUGAAUCUUCUCUACGACAGUAAUAUUGAUGGUUUCACACAUGUAGGAGAAGAACUGAGUAAUCAUAUCAAGUCGUUGUUUGUUCGUGCUUUGAGUAUAUGACUUUCAGUUCUUUAUGCCAGGUAGUGUUUGAAACCCUCAAAAACUAUAGUCCGUCUUCUUCAAAAUGGAUGAUUAUGGAAGUCCGGAUAUUGAAUAAGAUCUCCAUUGGUGUUUGAUAGUCUCAAAUGAUUGAAUACCGCCUUUUAAUAACCAAAGUAGAUGUAUUAAUUAC